AUGCAGAUGGACUUGCUGGCUAAGCACUUGCUAUCCGAUAAUACUGAAAUGUUCAAGGCUGUGGAGUCUCAGAGUACUGUAUUUGUAGGUGCUGAUGCUGAGGCAAACUAUGAGGUAAGUGUUGAUAAAUCGAAAGAAAACAAUCCAGUGGAGUCUGAGAAGCUGGAUGGCUUUGUUGACAUGUUAGAGAAAGAAGAUGACAAGAAAGAGGAAGUGGAAUUUCUAACAAAGAAGCAGAAUUUAAGUUAUGAGCUGGUGGACAACAUCCAUCACUGUGGUGCUGUGUCUUCACAAUCCUUAGUGCAGAAAAAGCCUAAUCCUGGAGCAUUUACCAUACCGUGCAUAGUUGGGUCCAUAAAGUUUACCAAAUCUUUAUGUGACUUAGGAGCAAGUAUAAAUCUGAUGCUACUUGGUAUCUACAAGAAGCUUGGAUAUGGGGAGCCUACCCCCACAACGAUGCAUUUUGUUAUGGCAGAUAGAUCGGUUAAGCGACCGGUUGGUAUAUUGCAGGAUGUGCUUGUAAAGGUGGAUGAUUUUAUUCUGCCUACAGACUUUCUAAUACUGGAUUAUGAUGUUGAUUUUGAGGUACCCAUCAUCUUGGGUAGUCCAUUAUUAGCCACAGGGAGAGUAUUGGUUGAUAUGAAGCACAAUGAGCUCAAGUUCAGAUAUUCUGCUGUUCUACUCAUUCCAAGAAUCUCUAGCAUUACCUAG